GGCGUGCGGACGUCGCCAGUUGGUUUCCCGCAACUCGACGUGCGCGUGUGAGUGUGGUGCAUGAGUGAGUGACUUUUUCUGAACGUGAAUGAGUGAUUGCUCCGUUGGAUGGCUGCCUCCUCCUCCUACUCACCAACAUCAUCAUCACCACCACCACCAUCUUCCUCACCAUCCCGUUCAUUCUCCUCCUUUCUACAACCCAGGUGUGAAAAGGCAUCAUCUUCAUCUUCGUGUCUCAGGAUCCACAGAUCUCCGCCUCCUCCUCAACGCCACAACGAAGAAGAGCAGCGACGAGAGAACCGUUAAUUGUGACUUGCGCGCGUAAAAUUGCGGGAAAAGUGAGACCAGUCUAAAUUGGAAUUUUAAGUAUAUGAUUGUGCAUGGUAAAAGUAAUCUACACUUAUCUAAUUCACCUACAGUGAAACAGAUCAUCAUGUGAAACGGGUUUAUGAACACUGUGUAUCGCCUAAGAGAAGGAAAUUUCAUUGGAAAAAAUGGCCACUGAUCCCAUGAUAAGCGAAUCGUUCCAAAAUUUCAGGAAUCACCCCAGGAAAUCUUCCCUUCAGAUUAGUGUCGGUAGAUAAGUCACGCGUCAAUUAGUCAAGACACCUGGUCGUUGUACCUGGAUCUAAAUCUCUACCAAAACACAAUUCUUUUGGCCAUAUGGUUUGAGGCAACUCUGAGGAACACUCGAGGAACACGAAAAAUGAAAGUGACCGUGUACAGAUAGCAUAAGAUGUUCUCCAUAAAAAGACAACUUAGUGUGCAAUUGCUUAUCAUAUAGAUAUAAGUGUGAGGUUCUUCGUUUUUUUUAUUAUCUCACCUGGCUGAAAGUUCAAAAAGAUGCUGUGACAUUUUUUUGCUCAUAUAUAAUAUAGCUCACUGUACAAAAUCUCGCGAGACGGUAGGCGAAUGAAAAGGUCGACUUGGGCGAGUCCCGGGAAAACUAGGAGAGUCACCGCAGCUGGUUCAUAGAAAACGGGGGAGAUGGCUGGGCGUGGCUUCCGCCGACCGUACGCUAGGCAGCGGAGAGAGAGCGACGAAGGCGAAGAGGAAGGGUUCCUAUACUGCCUUAUGUAUUAUUUCGACGAGGCACGGCGGGAGUCGGAGGACAGCGGCGACAGGAGAGCUCGCAGGAACAGGAGGUACAACGAGGAUGAGGAGGAGCAGGCCUCCAAGAAGAAGGAGGAUGAGGAUGAUGAGGAAAUGCUGAAUCCACUGGUGUAUCGGGAAUCCCUGACGGGGAGGACAAUGCGAGGGGGCAUGAUGAGACGGGCAUAUACCCCUGACAGGGAUGCCCUGAGCAGGUCCUCCGCAGCAACCUCCCUCAGGUCACGGUCCCACUCACAGCCGCCCGAGAUCAACCACAAUGACGUCUCAAGGCGCACGCGCAAGAAAAAAUAAAAAUACCUUUGGUGUUUUUUUUUUUUUUUUUUUUUUUUUUUUUUGUUUUUUUUGCUGAAUCCAAAAAGAGCCAUUUUGUUUACGAUAAAUGAAGAAUAUGAUGAGAAAUUCAUUGAAAUAUUAUUUAGAAUGAUUUACAAAAGAUAAAAUCGAAAUGAAAUCAUACACGUAUCUAAACAUUUAUUUAGAAUUAUUAUUAUAAACAAAUUGGAAUAACAUAAUUUUUGAAGUCAAAAGGAAAAAUGAUGAUGAGUCGUGAAAACAUAAAAAAAAAAAAUUAGACAAU